AUGUUUGCACGGAAGGCGAAAUCAGCAGAUGUGACAACAUCAUUGCAGCGAUUUGCUGACUUGCAUCGUGACUGUGCAUCGAGAGCAAAACAUCUUAAAUUGGCAUUGGAUGCACUUUGUGUUCAGGAAAAGCGACAGUUCAUUGAUGAUUAUAGUUUUGAAACGUUUCAUCUUGUUGAUGAAUUGCUUCUACAAGGUGAUCUCACGCAAGCUGGUCAAGCCGUAUUAGAAGCUCAAUCUGCUUUAUGGAUUUUAGAGCAGCUGUUGUGUCUUGCACCUGAACUUGUUGGCAGCGGCUGGCAAAAACAUGCAAUUGAAUUUGUCUUGAAGAAAGCACUCUUUCCACAUAAUUUGCUUGCUGUUCGCAAGAUUGCCAUACGUUUAUUUUUAUUGUGGUAUCAAAGUUUGGCUUUGUAUAAUAACACUGGCCCUCAGCUUGAUUCUGUUUUCCAAUCUCUCUUGCCACAUUUCCCUCUCAGGAAUGGUUCAUCCACUGAAACAAUAUUACAAAAUUAUUGUGAAGCAGUUGGUGGGGUGAAUGGUCCUGGUCCAAUACGUAGUUCGCCUUUAAUAAAUAAUCCGAAUAAUACGAUGCCAACAGUGAAAGAUAAAGCACAGCUACUUCAAAUGUAUUUGGAUAAAUUCUUGGAAUAUUGCACUCGAGAAACUGUUCGAUUGGAAUGGAGUGAUGAAAGUAAACGCCUUGAUUGUGCGAAAUUCAUCGUCGACCGAGUUAUUGUGCUGUACAUUUAUGAGACAUUCCCUGAUAUUGAAUCAAAUGGGGUGGAUAUUUAUGGCGGUUGGGAAGGUACUGAGGAGCAUACGGGUAUGCGGGAUACUGCCGAUCCGAUUAUUAUCGCACGAUAUUGGCUCAUCAGGUGGAUGACAGUGAUCGCGUCCAGUAGUCCAAAUGAAUCACCUUCAACUGGUCAAGCACUCUACAAGCAAGCGUUAUUUUCAAGUCGAAAAGCAACAAACACACUUCUUACUCUAAUGAAGGAGGCUGUCUCAUUGCCAUUACCCUGUUGGAGCGUUAUUCUUAAAGUGUUUGAAUUGAUGCGUUCAUGGCUUUUACAACGUGAAAUAGCUGCGUUCGUUUCUAACUCGAGUGUUUCGCAAGAGUCACUUUCAUUACUACUCAUUCAUUUUCUGACAUCGUUUUUUCAUAGUCCAUAUCUAAUUGCUUGUGGUGAUCGACUCAAAUCUGCUAUUGAUCUUACACAAAGUUUACUUCAAACGGCUAGGGAUCUGUCCAAUCCGGUGACAACAUUAUCUUAUCCAUUAUCUGCACGCUUCUGGUGUGAAUUAAUCAAGAGUCUUGCUGAUGGGAUUCGAGUUGUCACUUGUCGAUCAGAUGCGUACGGUCGGGCCACAUCGGGAGUGCUUGUGCAGAAUCUUCUUGUUGUUAUCGUUUUUGUGAGAGCCAUACGCGGUAUCGAAAUAGAAGAGCGUAUUUGGGAUGAUGUGUUAUUAGUAUUCCAAUCAGGAUGUUGGGUUCAAAUGAUUGAACAAUGGAGUCGUGUCGUUGAUACUGUUACUCGAGCGCUUAUUCUGAAUGUUUUUGAAGUUGAUAUUUCACCUGUUAAUAGCUUACAAUCGUCAUCACAGUCGGCGAUCAGGCGAGAUCGUAAUGAAGAAUCAAUGAUGAAUCGUAAUGAUGCCGAUGAUCUUUCAAUCGAUAUCGCUUCUGAAGAUAGUCGUUCUGAAACUGAAACAUCUGUUGAUGACGAAAACGCACAGAUCAAUUCUGUUGUGCAGUCAGCGGGAGAUUCAACCGUUUGGCUUCGAGUAUGGAUGCGAAUUGUAAAUUUGGUAUCACCUUUGCAUGCAGCACACUCUGAAUUGUCCAUUCAGACAAUUUCACGAACAAUAGCAACGUUAUUACGUGUUAGUGGAACAGAUUCAUUGGUUCAUUGGAUUUGUGCAAGAUUACUAUUACUCCCACAGCAAGCACAAGCAUCUUGUGUGCCUGCAUUCUGUGCUGUGCUCUCCUCCUCCAAUCCCCCACCCUUAAUUCAGGCUCAUAUAAUAGUUGCUCUAACAAGAGCGUUGACCACAUGCGAGCAGUGUGAUGCUGUUCUUGAGAAUAUGCCAUCAAUGUCACACGAACACCUUGCUGCGCUUGCAAAACCUACACUUGGUGCAUUGAGUCAACUCAUCAAACAGUUGAAUUAUUCAGCGAGAAGUAUUCAGGUUGCUGCAUUGUUAGCACCAGAUCAUAGUGCAGCCGAGACGUUGUUAUUGAAUUUGGUAUCGUUGAAUUCCUCUGAAAUAUCGCUUCAAUCACAUGCAUUAGCAUUGAAUGCAUUAGCAUUAUUAGUGAUUGAACGUGCCGAUACAACGUUAAUGCUCGAUGUACUGUCGAGAGUCCGUCAACUGAGAGGUGCUAGUCGUCUUUUACAUCUGUUUUGUUCGGAUCUUCAUCAACUAGUUCGACUUUCACGCACCGACAAACUCAUCGAAUUACUUGAACGAACACUUGAAAUUGUGAAUGAAGAAUGCUGGGCAGGUGAGUUGGUGUGGCAAGGUGUAUCAUUAAGUUUAAAUGAGAAGCAUAUUCGACGUGCAUUAUUGGAGCGUGUGAUAAAUGAUAAACGUAAAUGCCUCGAGGGUAUGUUAUUGACUUAUGCGCAUCAAUUUCCACUGACAUCAUUCUCGCUCUCACAAUCCAAUUCCAUUGAAUAUUGCUCAAAGAAUCAUACAAAUGGUGAACAAUUAACAAGUGGACGUAUUUUUAUUGAUCACAAAGCUGCUAUUCUCAGUAUGGAUAAUGAAGACACACUGAGGUUAACGUGUCGCACUGCAGUUGGAAAGCAUUGCUGGAAAUUCAACGAUUUGCGAGAAACAUCGCAUCGUUCAAGUAGUGUUAACAAAUGGCUCAGAAAACUGGCAACAAGACCUCGGAAUGUUGCUGUACGCAAAGAAUCUGUUCUACGCACUCCUACUAGCGAUCCGUUCAUGGGAUUGCCGCAAUUGCCGGGAGCGUUAGAAACGGAACCAAUUGAAUGCAGUGAUAUGUAUUCGUUUAUUCAACAAAAUCGACGAGUUCUUGUUGAUUUAUGUGGAGCUGGUGGCAGCACGAGUAUACAACGAUCGAUAAUUGACGAACUUUAUCAGCAUCAACCACAAGCGACUUCUUCACAGAAAACGCUUGUUGAUGAUAAUUUAUCUCUUUGGCGCUCAGUCGUUUCGGAUUUCCGAUUAGUUAGCGCAGUCAGACAAGUACCACAGAAUUACGCUCGUGAUUUGCGGCAUCUUGAUCAGACGCUCUCACGUGAAGUGCAUAAAGUUGCUGUAAUCUAUGUUGCCAAAGGACAAGAGGAUAAAAAUACAAUCCUGGCGAAUGAUGCCGGUUCAGAAGCAUUCGAAAAGUUCGUCUCAGGACUGGGAUGGAUGGUGCAAAUAGGAAGGAGGCAUCAAGGAUACACUGGCGGUCUCUCUGGUGAAACGAUCGCUCCAUACUUUGCAUCCGGCAAUACUGAAGUUAUUUUCCACGUCAGCACAAUGCUAAAUGGUGAUGUAACACAAAAGUUGAAACAUUUGGGUAACGAUGAAGUGCAUGUGGUGUGGAGUGAACACGAUCGUGCGUAUAGACGUGAUACAAUUGCAACACGUUUUUGCGAUGUUUUGUUGGUGCUGUACCAAAUGUCGGCAUUACUUGUUCGAGUUCGAAUUGAAACGCAACGUCCACUCGAAUUUGGACCACUUUUCGAUGGUGCUCAUGUACAUAUUAGUCAACUACCACAUCUUGUUCGUGAUACGGUACUGAAUGCGUCACGUGCUUAUCGUAUCGCGCAACAAGAUUUCGCUAGACCUUUGCAUCAUCGCGAGAAGGUCUUCAAUCAGUCUCGUCAACAACUCAUACAACUCCCCAUUUCAGCAUCCAUCUCUCAAAUUUACGUGCCCUCAUUAAAAUCAUAG